AUGCGUGAGCUCGUGCACGUUCAGGGUGGCCAGUGCGGCAACCAGAUCGGUGCCAAGUUCUGGGAGGUGAUCGCCGACGAGCACGGCAUCGACCCUACAGGCACCUACCAUGGUGAUUCCGACCUGCAGCUGGAGCGUAUCAACGUGUACUUCAAUGAGGCUACCGGCGGACGCUAUGUUCCUCGCGCGGUCCUAAUGGACCUUGAGCCAGGAACCAUGGACUCCGUCCGAGCCGGGCCUUUCGGACAGCUCUUCCGUCCCGACAACUUCGUCUUUGGACAGACAGGAGCUGGCAACAACUGGGCCAAGGGUCACUACACUGAAGGUGCAGAGCUCAUUGACUCGGUGCUCGACGUUGUGCGAAAGGAGGCAGAAGGCUGCGACUGCCUCCAGGGCUUCCAGCUCUGCCACUCGCUCGGUGGCGGAACCGGUGCCGGCAUGGGAACUCUGCUCAUCUCCAAGGUGGGAGCUAUGCAAGAGAGAGCAGGGACGGUAUGA